UUUUCGAUUUCAUUCGAUAUUAGUAGAAUUAAAAAUUCCUACGAAGCAUGCUGUUUCAUACGUUUUUAGAGCAAGAAAAUGCUUUUCAACUUCUGUGAUCCUCGUUUAAAGCCAGAAAUUCAAUGUAGUGCUGUCAACACAGAAGGAUAUGAAAUUACUAAUUUAAUAAGUGAUUCUGACAAAGGAUUUUUGGCAUAUGCUUGUAUCAAGCCUCCCAUAAAUAUUGAUAUUACUUUCCUAUGCAACGUGUGCAUCAACCAUAUUCUAAUUUGGCCACAAGUUGGUUCUCAAAAAUCAUCAGGUUUUCAAUUGUAUGCCAAAACUAGCAACGAUGCCAAUGUACCUUAUAAUUUAUUAGGCAGUGGAUUUUUAAACUCUACAGACGCCGGUUUAUUAUUUUGUCCAUCAAGUAUUAAUCAUGAAACAAUUUCUACUCCAAGUAAUUUUUUAAAACGUUUUAUAAAGUCCUCUCUGCAGUACUUAACAACACACACAAAUAGUUUAAGAAUUUGUAUAUGUAAAACGGAGAAUUCAGUACCUGCAUUAGGUAAGAUUACAGUAUGGGGAACUGUAUCACCACGCUGUAGAAAAGAUACUGUAGCUGCUAUUUCUACUUUGUGGUUUAAACAACAAUCUUGCUCAAUUGAAUCUGUGAAAAAAUGUGAAAGCACCAGUUCAUCUGCUAAUACUAAGGAUACUAAAGAAACAUUGGAAUCAAAUCUGCAAGUUCCAGAAUGUUUUUUAGAUGCUAUUACUUAUGAAAUCAUGACUCAACCAAUUCUCUUGCCAAGUGGAAAAAUAAUUGAUCAAAGUACGUUACUGAAACAUGAAGAAACUGAAGCAAUGUGGGGAAGAAGAUUGACUGAUCCUUUUACCGGUUUGCCAUUUAGUGAAGAUCGUAAACCUGUUAUAGCAAAUGCUUUAAAAAUAAGGAUAGAUAAAUUUUUGCUUGAAAAUAGCAAUGACGAGGAAAUUAAAAAGUUACCAAGAGUGUUAGGCCGUACAUUGUCUGCUAACGGUGAUGUAUUUAAUAAAAAGGUAGCAGAAGUUCCUAAUUAUUUGUUAAAAAGAAAUAUAAUUGAAACUUCAAACAAUAUUAAACCAAAGUUUCAUUGUUCUAUAGUAAGUUCUGUAAAAGCAGAAAAGAAACUUUGUCAUAAAUUGCCAGUCGUUGUAAUGUCUCAAAAACGAACUGCUGCAUUAAUUAAACCAGCAAAGAAAAAAAUAACUGCCAAUUGUUAUACUUCCACCAUACAUCUUUCUAAAAAUUCAGAUGGAGAGCAAAAAAAUAAUUGUACUGAUAUAGUGAAUUUAACUGUUGAUAAUGAAAUAGAUUUUGACACUAAUAUAGCAGUACCUAAUUUAAAACGUUUUAAUAACAUUCCAAGACAGAAUGAGUCAAACUUGAAAUUAACUAGUUGUUCCUGUUGCCCUAAUGGCAUUUUUUAUCAGCUCCCAUGUAAGCAUAUUUUAUGUAGAAAAGUCUUAAUAUCAGUGAAAAAUAAUGAAUGUACAUCUUGUGGUAUGCCUUAUAAGAAUAACGAAGUAGAACGAAUUUAUGAAUAAAUAAUUGACUUAUUUCUUCAUAUUAUUUGUGUUGGAUUAUUAAUUACGAACGAUCAACGUGACAUAUUGUAAAUAAAAUAUGAUUUCUUUAAUAAAUAUA